GAUCGCAUGUCGUUGAUAUAGUUUAUAGCCUUUCGUGACUCCAUAUUCUUGCUAAGUUUUGGGAUCCCACAGAUUCUUUCAGUAACUCAGUCAGGGUCAUGGCAUCUCCAAAUCAGCUGCCGCCCGGUGGCCCUCCGUAUGCGCCUCAGACUAAGAGCUCAGGAGGUGUUCCCAGAUUGAUUCCAGAUGUACCUAUCACUGGUAGCUUUCUAUUAUUAUACGUAAUUUUCUCUGCGAUUCAUCUUCGUAUCGAUAUCAGGAACAGGAAACGGGGUCACAAGUUCAUUUUCUCCCGAGCUAUGCUGGCAUUCUGCGUAAUUCGGAUGGCCACCAUGUCUCUCAGGAUAGUAUGGGCCUGCAACAGAAAAAACGUCAGCGUCGGCAUCGCUGCUCAAAUCUUCGUCUACGUCGGGACCGUCAUCCUCUUCAUCAUGAACUGGUUCUUUGCCCAACGCAUAAUACGAGCUCAAAACCCUCGAUUCGGCUGGUCGAUGCCCUAUCGCAUCAUCCACCGAGGCGCCCUCGCCCUUCUGAUCUGCUGCCUCUUGAUGCUCGUCACAGUCGCCCUCCAAUCCUUCUUCACCCUCGACAGAAACAUCCACCGCAUCGACCGCAACAUCCAACUAGCCGGCCUAACCUACUUUGCUCUCUUCUCCUUCGUACCGCUCCUCGUCCUCGCUAUCAACGCUCUCCUCCCCCGGCACGGCAAAGAGCGAAUUGGAGAGGGCAACAUGACGAAGAACAUCCUCAUCCUCGCCCUCGCUGUGACCACCCUCACCCUCGGCGCCUCCUUCCGCGCCGGCACCUCCUGGCUCAACCCGACCCCCUUACGCGCUGCGACGCCAUGGUACCUUUCCACGGCCUGCUUCUACGUCUUCUCCUUCACCACCGAGAUUCUCGUCGUCGUGCUCUACGCCUGGACCCGCUUCGACCUGCGCUUCUGGGUGCCCGACGGCGCGAAGAAGCCGGGCGACUAUGCCGAAGAACCGCCCCGCGAUAGCUUCACGAAUCAUGUGGAUAGCAGCGAUAUGACGCUGCAUAUGUACCAGGAUGAUAUCUUCUCUGAUACGCGCACCUUGGCGGAUAGCCUGAGAUAUGGCCCGAGCACGCUGCAAAUGGAUGAAAAGACGGGGGCGUGGAAGGUCAAGAGGAGUAGUCGCGGGAGCUCCGUGGCUGCGAGUAUGAGCUCGAGGUGGUCGGGGUUCACUGGGCCGGGUGGCAUGUCGGAUAUCGAUAUGCCUGCCGUUCCGGAGCUGCCGGAGAUGAAGGGGGAGAGGUGGAGUCGAGGUGAGAGUAUUGAUGCUCUGCCGCGGUCGGAGGAGGGCGUGCAGCAGGAGCGGAAUGAUGCGCUCUCGCGACUUACCGGAGGCGGGAAAGAUGAGGUCGGCGGCAGCAUGGUCAGUUUGAAGGCUGUCAAGGAGAGUGGUGUUGUCGAUGAGGCAACGAAUUCGAAGAGUGCGUCUCAAAUUGAGCCUGAGGUUGCUCCGCCAGGCCUUGAGGAUGUCCACAAGUUCGAUUUUGAUUUUGACGGACCGAAAGAAGGCGUGUAAUGAUCGUGUAAUUGGACGGCUGACGCUGAUACGCUUACGAUAUUUAUAAGUUACCUACGAGCGAUUAUGGAUUCUCUCGUGUUUAGCAGUAUGGCAAGCGCUGCACCCUCACAAACAUCACAGCAAAGAAAUAAUGUGUAGAUUAGAACGAGUAUAUCAUUUGCGAGGAAAACCCUUCUCGGGUCAAAAACCUCAAUAAUAUCCAACCAUGUC